GCGCAGUGCUGCGUCUGGAAAAACCAACCCAAGGGGACAAGGGCAGGUAGAAAGAAAGCAGGGGACCGCAACACACGGCCUGCUCUGCUCUGAAGCCACCAUAGCCAGCACAAAGCCAGCGAGCAACGGCAGGGCGGAAGGGCAAGCGAGGGGAGGAAGGGAAGAGAACGAGAGGGCGAGAGAGAGAAUACUUACAGGCUUACUUGCUUGCUUGCUUAUCAUCAUCAGCAGCAUCAGCAUCAGCAUCAUCAUCCCGGUCCCCGCGUGGAAUCGCCCGCGCGCCUUGCAGGAUUAUACCGAUUUCCUCUACACUUCCAUGCUUCUUUCCGAGUAGCGCAGGUGCGGGCAGGCGCGCGGGCCGAUACGCGGCACCUUCAUUCAUUCGCGUGCGCGUCGGUCCAGAGACGGUGUGGAGGGAGUGACAAAGUUUGCCAAAGUGGAGGUUGCAAUGCCAGCUCAAGGGCGAGCGGACCCUGAGCCGCCCAGCGCAGCGAAUGCAGACGGGGACGGAUGCGGCGACGUGCCUCGGAUGUUGCUAUUUUGUGCGUGCUAGAAUACAAUUGUGUCGGAGGCCGUGGGAUCGAACACCAGGGGGUUCAGUGGUUUUAGGACUGCUUUGUGCGCGACGCUGUUGCUGUCCGUUGUAGGAUUGAUGACGUGAUGUAAUUCAGUGGCCCCUUGUCUCCGUCCAAUGGCGAUGGCAAAGAAGUUUCUUUGUUGUUUGCGUCUCCCGGUCAAAGUAUCUCGCAUAGUUUUAUCUCAUGCACAAGACUAUGUAUGCUUCAGUAGUCGAGAAUUGAUAAACGAACUGAUGGACUCGCUCACAUCGCGACGCGUCCGACACAAAACGGGCAGCGUGUAGCAAAAGCGGAGGACGACGUGAGCGUGAUUGGCUCGUAGGCUGGUACCGAAUGUCCCAAACUUUGUGAAGAAUCUCCCUUUACUCGUUUCUGUGAACAUCACUCCGAACUUCUUCCAGUGAUAACGCAGGUUCCAGAGCAGAACAGCCAAGGGCCUUAGUAGUUUAUUCUGGUCAGAGCAACGAAUUGUAUUGGGGUGCUUAUGCUGAACAGGCCAGUGGCACAAGGUCUAGACUUGAGAAUCACUGGAUUGGAAUGUUGCAAUGUAUGUGCAAACCGAUUCAUAACUAGGCGACUCCCUGUAAAAUUCGCCCUUCGAUGUACUGGCAAAGACGUUGCAACUUUCGAAGCAGUCGGGAGUAUUCUGAACGGCCGACUGUUGUUUAGCGUACCUGGUAUGGUGUGUCAUGGUAAUUCCCAUGAGGAUCCUCAAGAGUUCACUGCUUGCAGCGGCUUGUUUUGAGAAUGCGGUAGUAUCGUUUCAUGUCCUCAGAGGUUACACGGAUCUAGUUAAAAGGUGAGAAGUGUUCAAAAAGAGGUCGUCAAAUAGGAGAAAUUGCAAUUGGAGCACAGCAGUACAACUCACGGUUGGCACAUACUGCGGCAUUGGAAUUGCCUUGGGAAGCGUCUGCUUGGUGGAGAGUCUGUAAAAUGAUACCAGAUUCCGGUGCAAGGGAUAUCGUGUGAUGUGAAGACAUGCGUCUUCUCAAUCGGCAGUCUUUGUAGCACGAGUUACAGUACCUCGUUUUCGUGGCGACGUGAUGUCGUCCAAUCAGGUGCACCACGCGGUUCUGUUGCGAUGCGAAGGUGAUGAACCAAUGUUUCGCAAGGUGGCGCUGACUGUGUGUUUGUUGUCUCAGCUACAUCAGGGUUUGUCGGUCAGACAUUCGCAAGGAGAUGCAGUGUCCAAUUUGCCUGGGAAUUAUACGGAAAACACGAACAGUUAUGGAGUGCCUCCACCGAUUCUGCAGGGAGUGCAUUGACAAAUCCAUGCGGCUAGGGAACAAUGAAUGUCCUGCCUGCCGCACACAUUGUGCAAGCCGGCGAUCCUUGAGGGACGAUCCCAAUUUCGAUGCUCUCGUUGCUGCAAUCUAUCCUGACCUGGACGAGUACGAGGAGGAGGAACUCGCGUUUUUUGAAGAUGAGGCUCUUAUGAAUAGACAGAUUCAGGCGAAUAUUGCUGAUACAUUCAAGCGGCAGUCUGAAGCCAUUGCAAGGCGGCGCACCGCGUCUAAAGCAACGGCUGCAGCAAUCGUGAGGAAAGCUCACGGCAACUUUCGCAGUGUGCAGAGCAGGCAAAGAGGUCGGGGUCGUGGAAGGCGAGGAGGUCGCAGAUCUAGCAGGUACAGUGAGGGCUCAGCACGUUAUGAAGACGAUGAUGACUUUUAUGACGAGGACAAAGCUGAUACUGCUACCUCUGGCGACGAAACUCAGAGUGAACCAGAGCCAAACCCGAAGAGACGAAGGGCCAAGGUGCAGACUUAUUCUAGUGGUGAAGAGAAUAGUGAGAACGAGUCACUGAGCGCAGCUACGCGUGAUCAGCAUGAGGCGCCCGCCUCUUUCUCUGGCGACGAAUCGCCAGCCGAUUCACUGGCGAGGGAGAGUGAUGGAGACGCUUCUCCGACCAACGGUGAAGGAACUUUGAAGAGCUGGGCCAAAGGUACUCGAAGUUCACGGUAUGGAAGUGUCAGCGGUGUUCCUGUGGCCAAUGGUAGUAGGAGCAUAAAGUCAUUGCCGCGGACUCAGGACCUUGCAGACGCGUUAUCGGCUGCCGCUCGCACAGAGAAGGAAGACGAGUUUGUUGUACACUUGAACUUGCAGCCUUUGAAUGAUGGAUCGGAUGACGAGGACACCCUGCCAAGCCUCAAACGACCACACCUUUGCUGUCCUCCCAAUAUGACCGUCCAUCACCUGUGCAAGUUCCUUGCAACUCGCUUGUCUCCUCCGCCAGAAGCAGAUCUGGAAAUUCUUGUGGAAAGCAAGACUGAGCAGGUUUCAGUUCCCAAACCCCCUCCGCGGUUGAGCAAGCUUUCGAAAGGGAAGGCGUGGGCUUCAAGAGGGGAUAGUGGCAAAGAGGUCAUGCUUCUGUCUUCGGGGCACACACUCGAGAGCGUGCUUUGCGAUUUCUGGGAUUACCAUGGCAACUUGGAACUUCUCUAUCGUCGAAAGAAUUGAUGUGGUUCCAAAACGGAUUCGCCCGCAAAUGGCUACUUCGAAUGAAGGAUUGAAUGACGGGAAAAGCCAGAAAGUGGGGGUUAGGGGCCCCUGUGGAGCUUCGGCAAAGGAGCGCUGAAAAAUAAGACUUGCAUGACCUAUUUAAGUGAUGAUCAACCCACAUAAGAUAUCAUACGCUACAAACAUGGACUAUCAUAAUUAUUUGCUGAAGUCGAGAGAGUGUUGCCCAGGGUCUGAAAAGAUGUAUUCUAUGAGAGAUUGUAGUCCAGCCCUGGUGCCGGACAAAAUAGGGCGUAGAAUGCAAAUUGAGAGAGCUCGUGUUUUAAAGGAUUUCUUUUGCAAGAGUCGUCUUCCACCUGCAAGAAGCUGGUCAGAAUGUGUCGGAUAUUCAUUGUAGAACAGGGCUGUCGUAUGAAAGGAGGUGCACUGAUGUAGUACAAGAGAGACGUGUAGAGCAGGAGCUUGAAGUUGUGCUCAGACUAGAAGCCUGUUUAAAGCACACAUCAUUGAGUAAAGUAGAGGGUUGUUCUUGGUACAAGAUGCUCUGCACAUCUCUCUGACGAACAGACCAGCUUAGAAAUAGAGCUGGAUUCGGGGUAUUGUGCUGGUGAGCAUGAUCCUCACCAUGUACUUGAGAUUUAUGGCUUCUAAGGAGUGUAAUGAUGGUGCUGUAUGGAUGGUUUGAUUAAAACUGCUACGGUAUAAUAUUAUUCAAAUCUGGAAUUUUAUGGAA